UAUAUUUUAUACAGCACAUUAUUCUAUACGAGUUUGAACGAAUUUGUGUCCAUGUGGAAGCCUGGCAAGCCUGAUUUAUACGAGAAUAAUGGCGGCACUGUUUUGGCCAUUGCCGGAAAGGACUUCGUGGUCAUUGGCGGGGACACACGUUUGAGCAGCGGCUGUGCAAUUCUCUCGCGGACACAGACCAAGUUGUGUCCUCUGUCCAAGCAGAUGGUGGUGGCGGCCACAGGCUGCUGGUGCGACGCCGUCUCGCUGACUAAUCUGUUGAAGGUGAAGCAGCAGGGCUACGAGAACCAGCACCACAAGGUCAUGAGCAUCGAGUCCAUGGCACAGAUGCUCUCCGUGGUCCAGUACCAGCGACGCCAUCUACCCUACAACGUCUCCCCCAUUUUGGGUGGCAUCGACCAGGACGGCCAGGGGGCCGUAUUCUCUUACGAUUGCAUCGGCCAUUUCGUCCGUGAAAGCAGCCGUGUCGAGGGGACAGCCGUCGGCAUACUGCAGCCGGUGCUGGACAAUCAGAUUGGCUACACUAAGAAGGAUCUCCUUGAUGAGACAUCCGAGCAGCCGGCGCUAACCAAGGAGCGUGCCCUGGCCAUCGCCAAAGAUGCCUUCAUCACGGCCGCGCAGAGCGACGUGUUCACCGGCGACUCUGUGAUUAUCAAUUCAAAAACUGCAACUCACAAAUGCUCUCCAGCUGCGUCACCGGGAAGUGCAUCAACAGCGACAGGAUCAACUGCAACAUCACCUGCAAGGCGAAUCAGUUCAAUUAAAAACAAUUCGACGGGUUGUCGACCAGCAUGCAAAUGCUAUGGCUGGGACUGCCACUCGAAUGCAUCAACGAGUGCGGUACCAACGAGUCGGGUCAGAUGUGUGGGGCUGUACCAAAGUGCCGCCAGGAUCAGUUCCAUCGAAGAUCUUCUGCUGCGACGACCAGUACAACUGCAUCGAUGGCUCCGCUACUGUGGUGGGCUUCUUCCAGACGGACGAUGUCUUUGACACCCUCAUCAGGCCCAAGGACACGCUGGCA